AAUGAUCGCUUCGCUCACGCGAAUUAGCAGGCGCGCGACAGGCCUGUGCAGAAAUCUCAACUGCUGGACAGGGGCAAUUACGAAGAAACACAGAGCGAUGUACGAACGGACGUAUCCUACAACGCUCGUGUUAUCAGAUGGAAGUAGCAUAGACAUCGAGUAUCACGAACCACGGAAGAUAAUACUUCUGCCGCAAAAUAUUGCUGAACUUUCUCCAGAAGACCAAAAGAAAAGGCUGGAGAUGCGUAAACCAAAAUCGAAGGUAGUCAUAACUGAGGAAAUUGAAGACAGCUUCGAUGAGAAUAGGUAUCUCAACUUUAAGAAGUGAUGAUAACUUAGCGUUUCUGAGAUCUAUGUAUACUAUGUUAUUUAUGAAUAAUUAUUUCCCAAGUACUCGCACGAAAGACACUUUUGAGUCUGUUUUUUGUUUGAUGUAAUUUUAUUGCAAUUAUAUUUGUUUAUACAUCUUCAUUAUGUAUCUCCACUAUAAAACGGAUAUAAAUAUCAUUAUACAUUUUUAUGACGCAUAUGUUAGCAAUCGUCAUAAUUGUAGUAAACAAAUCUAAUCAUACUGUAAUUAUCGGACAAUACUGUGCAUUUUAUGCGUGUAUAUAUAGUGCAAUAAGAAGUUUCUAUAUAUUAAACCGUUAUUCCGCAAACACGGAAUAGUAUUUGUAAUCUUUACAAUAUCGCAACGACUUGAUGACACAACAAUAAAAAUUGUAAUUAUACAGAAUAA